AUGGUGAGAUGCACGGGAUGGAGAAGGAGCGGUGUUGGGGCCGCGGAUGUAUGGGUGUGGUUGUACUUGUACUUGUACUUGUACUUGCUGUACUUCACUCUGAGUCUCGGGUUCGUGCGACUGGAGUGUGCAUUCGACAUCGAUAUGCCCAACUCAUUUCUCCUACGCCGUGAUGAUCGCUCCUACUAA